CGCGCGCCGCGUCUAUUUGCCGCAUCGCCGCUGCGUAACCACAACUCUUGUAAACGCGAUCUCACGCGAACAAAAUUGUGAAAGUGUUGCAUAUAAAACGCGAUUUCUCGACAGCGAGAGUACCGCGCCCAAGGCAUUUUAAACAAAUCGUGUUGGUGGGAGUGUGAAUUGAAAUUGUGAACUUGGUAGAGGGUUCAAUGGAAGCGAGGUUCGUGACCUGCCGGAGCUUCCAGCAGAUCAAGCCGCCCGAGAAGAGCCUAGCGCCGCCGCCGACGGUGAAGGGGCUGCUGUCUCGUUUCGGAAGCCAGGCACAAGCUCUCUUCGCGCCGAAGAAACCCCGCUUCGGAUCUUCGGUAGCGAUCCACAAGCUCCGCGAGACCAAGUGGUUCAAACAUGAGGAGCAGAACAUCUUGUGUGCAGUUCUGGAGACCGGAUUCAUCCUCGAAGUCCGAGCGGAGGACCCGCUGCCGCCAGACUCCUGUCUUUCUCCCGACUACCAUAUGUACGCCAUCGCCAUGUGGAAGAAGGGUAAAGAAAAAACAAAAAACCCGGAACAGAUAGAGGUGUUCACGGUCCAACAGAAAGGUGUAAGAAAACGUGUCGUGAAGACAACCCUGGGUGCAUUCUGGAAGAAGGACUCAGUGAUCCGCAUCAACAAUGUGGAUGACAAACAGGAAUCGCCGAAUAGCGAAAAGGACAUUCGAGCAAAGCUGGACAUGGCUACUAAAUCCAGGUUCGAGAGGAACUGGCAUAAUACUCUGCACUUCGUCCACUGGUGCCGGUACGGAGAGACACCUCAAGAAGCUCGCAUGAGACAGAUCAGCUUAACGACGUCGAAAACACCCAUGAUUAUCAUCUUUUGAUGGUAAUCGUUGAGGCGCUUUGGACUCUCAGCUGGCAACCUUAAGACACCGAUAAGCGAGUCGCUCAAAUGGGGUAACAUCGGAAUGAACAUGGGCGUUAUGCUCGUCAGCCAAAACAACGCGCGGGCCAAGGCGAAGUCGGUCUGAGUGCCGGCCGCCAGCGACACCGCUGGCAACACCUGUUUCUGCUUCUGGCCGCCGAGAAACAUUGACCAUGUUUAAUUUUGGAACGCAUUCGGUUCCGUUUUCGGAUUUUAUGUUUUUAAAACAGUGUCUGAAAUUGGAACGGAGCGUCGGAGCUCUGAUUGGUUCCUCAUUUUGAUGUUUUCAACGGCGGGUAACAUCGUCUGUGUUUAAAAUCGGAACGCAGCAAAAGGAUUCUCGAUUCGUUUAGUUCCUUUUUUGAAUUGUACAGCUUUAGUUUUCAAGCUCUUAGUGCAGUGCCUUUUUUUAUCAAAAAGGUUUUUAACUGCUGGAAUUUGAAAACAUCGACGAUGUUUGAAAGUUUCGAGCUCUCAAUUUUCUUUGUUUAUAUUUCAAACUUUUUAUCAGCCAGUAUCUGGUAACAUUGGUGGAGUUUAAAUUUGGAAUAAGUUCUUCAGCGAGUUCCUAUUUUGGGCUUUUAAUGUUUAUUUUUACCAACUGCCAGUGUUUUGGUUACUUGACGCUUUUGGAACGCGUCUUCGGAACUAUUCAGUUCCUUUUAUGAAUUUUAACGUUUUUUUCUUGACUGCCAGUAUAUUGCUCCAAGGAUUGGAAGCUUUAAUUUAUUGUAAUUUUGCGUCAAAACGUUUCAGACAUUCCUGAGCUAAGACAGACCCGUGAUUAACUGUUGACAUAUUUUCUAACCUAUAUAUACCUGUUUAAUUAUGUCUAUAGUAAUAGGCUAUAAUUUAUAGAGAUAUCUUGUUGGUCUGGGAGGAUACCCUAGUCUUAUGUCUUGAGUAUAUGUAAACGUUCAUUUUUGAUCGAAAAAAGACUGUUCUGUUUUUUGUAAGAAAAUUAUAAAACCGACUAUGAAAGUUUGAAUAUUUAACUGCUGUUUUUUUGAAAUCUCUAAUCAAUAUACAUAUAUAUUCGUUUAUAGACUUGUGUAGACUGUUCAUACUUGUUAAACUCAUAAUUAUAUCUUCUAUUCAUAGUCGGGUAAAGUAACGAGAGUAUUUUGGCGAAGUAUGAGAGUAUUUAUAUUUAUUUAUACCUGCAUACUAGGCCUAAUGUUUUUAAGAGUAUUGUAAUUUAAAUGUCCUAUUUAUAAUGAAGCAUUUUUAUAAAUAAAUAAGUACAAGAU